AUGAACAUUCUUCUGGAACUAUUAUAUGUUGCCUGUCUUUGCCUGAAUAGGGCAGACAUCAUCCGAGUGUAUGACGGAAAAUCAGCAGCUGAUCCCGCAAUAAGGGUGCUGUGUAAUGAAGGGAGCGAGAUCGAGAUCCUCUCGAGUGGACCGGACCUCUUCAUCGAGUUCGUCGCGAAUUCUGAUUGGCCUGGUCAAGGCUUCAAAGCGAAAUAUCAGUUCCAACCGAGCGAGGAUAAUUCAAUAGAAUCGCACCCCUACCACCGACUGAGGACGUUUUCUGCUCCAACAGAAGUUGAACCAAGUGUUAGUGAAACAAGAUCAAGUUGUGAUAUAGUAAUAAGUAGCGAUACGAAUAAAAAUGGAACCCUCACGAGUCCAUCAUAUCCAACGUCUUAUCCUCCGAAAACGACGUGUAGAUAUGAAUUCCAAGGAAGAGGAAAAGAGAGAGUCCAAAUUGUUUUCCAGGAAUUCAACCUGUAUCAAGCUGUUGCCACCAUAAGAGAAAUGGAAAAAAUCGACAGCUUCUGCGGCAGUGCACUUCCGAAGCCGGUCAUGUCUAAUGGACCUAGAAUCAAGCUCGAGUUUGUCAGCCUCGUAUCUCCGAGGUUCUCGAGAGGUUUCAGGGCGACCUACGCCUUCACGGAAAGUAAGUACAUUUCUAAUUCGGAAUUCGAAUCAGCUUCGGCAUCAGUGGAGCAUGGGUAG